AUGGCAUGCGAAAUGAUCGCAUCAGCUGCUACUGGGGCUGGUUUGGAGAUAGUUUUUGAUCGUUUUUUAAAGCUUGUUUUGGAUGUACAGAGACACAACUCCCAGUUCAAGUCAAGCUUGAAGCGCCUGGAGGAAAUGUUAUAUGCAAUGGCUCCAAAUAUCAAGAAAAUAGAAACUUUCAACAGAGAUCUUGAUCGACCGAAGGAAAUCGAAUGGCUCAAAGGAUUAAUGACAAAGGGCAAUGAGUUGGUCCUUAAAUGCUCAAAAGUCCACAGAUACAACUGUGUGAAGAGGCCUCUUUAUAACAAGAAACUUCUCAAGUUAGAGAAGGCUAUUCGUGAUUAUAUUAGCAGUGUUUUGCAGGUUCAGGUAACAGCAGAUACAAAAGAGAUUUUGCUUACACAAAAUUCGACUUUGGUUGCCGUCAAAGAUGCUUCUUUUGGGGUAAGACAGUUAAGUGAUCAAAUCGGGCAGUUAAGCAUGAGUCUAAGCAGUGGUGAUAGGGUGAUCUCCAGCAAGAGGUAUGCUAAUACUAGUUUAGCUGGUGUGUGUUCACCCCCUCAACUGAAAGUGGAUCCUGUCGGAUUGGAGAUUCCAUUGAGUGAAUUGAGGAUAAAGCUGCUUAAAAAGGAGGCAUCACCGCAUAUUGUGUUAUCUGCUCCUGGAGGAUGUGGAAAGACAACGUUGGCUACAGCGAUUUGUCAACAUGGGGAUGUUAAAGAUAAAUUCAAGAACAACAUCUUCUUUGUCAACGUUCCAAAGCUGCGCAACCUGCUGGUCAUUGUGAAGAAAAUAUUCCAGCAUAAGGAUUGCGAGUUACCUGAAUCUCUAAGCGAGGAAGAUGCAGCUAACCAUUUGGAACGUUUAUUCAAGCAGAUAGGACCAGAUCCAAUAUUAUUGGUCCUUGACGAUGUUUGGCCCGGAUCGGAACCUCUCCUUUACAAAAUCAAUUUCCGAAUAGAAAAUUACAAGAUUUUAGUGACAUCAAGAUAUGAAUUUCCACGUUUUGGAUCCACAUAUAAAUUGAAAACAUUGACUUUUGCAGAUGCCAUGAUUCUAUUUCAGAAAUUGGCAUUAGAUGAGCGAUCAUAUAAUCCAGAUCAACAUAUGCUAGAAGAGAUGGUGAAAUACUGCAGGGGAUUUCCUAUAGCCAUUUCAGUGGUUGCAAAAUCAUUGUAUCAGAAUUCUGCGGCAGAAUGGCGUAGGAGACUUAAGGAAUGCUCUACAGCUGCUUCUAUUCUUUCUGACUCUGAAGUGCUAGAUUGUCUUCAAAGCAGUGUGGAAGGCUUGAGUGAUAAUGUAGUAGCCAAGGAAUGUUUCAAGGACCUUGGUUCAUUUCCUGAAGAUCAGAGGAUUCCUGCCACUACCCUUAUUGAUAUGUGGGCAGAAUUGUAUAACCUAGAUGAAGAUGAUGCCAUUACCAAUCUCCACACACUCUCUAAGAGGAAUCUGGUUGAAGUUUUAGUUACAAGGAAAGAUGCAAAAGAAGACGACGGCUCCUAUAAUGAGCACUUUGUCACUCAGCAUGAUCUGCUCAGAGAGCUGGCCAUCCGUGAAAGCGAAGCAAGAACCAUUGAGCACAGGAAGCGAGUGUUCUUGGACAUAACUGAUAACAAAAUCCCUGAGUGGUUGAUGGAACAAAAUCAGCCAUCAAUUGGGGCCAAACUCUUAUCUAUCUCAACAGAUGAAACAUUCUCAUCAAGUUGGUCCAACUUGCAAGCACCAGAAGUUGAGGUUCUACUUCUGAAUUUUCUGACGGAGAACUACUCAUUGCCUGAGUUCAUGGAAAGAAUGAAUAAGCUGAAAGUUUUAAUACUUAACAAUUAUGGGUUUGCUCCUGCUCAAUUGAGCAAUUUCCCUGUUCAUGGUUCUCUAUCAAAUCUAAAGAGAAUAAGACUGGAAAAGGUUUCCAUUCCAUCCUUUUUCCUGACUUCCAUGCAAUGGAGGAAGCUAGAAAAAAUGUCCUUGGUUAUGUGCAAUAUUGGUCAAGCUUUUGAUAACUCUGCCAUCAAAAUUUCAGAUGCAUUCCCAAAUUUAGUCGAGCUCACCAUCGACUACUGCAAUGAUCUGGAGGAAUUGCCUACAGGAUUCUGUGAUCUUGUCUUGCUAAGAAACCUCAGCAUCACAAACUGUCAUAAACUGUUAGCACUGCCAGAAGACAUGGGAAAUUUACUUGAUUUGGAGGUCCUAAGACUCAACGCCUGCAUCGAAUUGGCAGAAUUACCUGACACAAUCGGGAGACUUCAUAAGUUGCGGAUUCUUGACUUAUCCGACUGCUUAAGUAUUACAGAAUUGCCAGACCAGAUUGGUCAGUUGCAUAAUCUGAGAAAGUUGUACAUGAUAGAGUGCUCAAGUUGUGAAUUGCCAUCAUCAGUUACGAAUCUUGUCCGCCUAACAGAAGUUAUAGGUGAUGAAGAUACUGCCAGGUCAUGGGAGCAUUUCAAAACUUGCCUUCCAUCUCUGGAGAUAAAGGUGCAUAAGGAAAUCAACUUGAACUGGCUUCGGUAG